AAAGGCACUAGGAAUUGUCCAUACGGACAACCGGGUCAUACGUAUCAUCGUGCUCCGAAAGCUUGACCGAAUCACGACCCUGAGCGACAAAGAAUUCCUCCUCGCAUGGUGGGAAGUCGUCAAGUGCAAGUGUCAUCGUGUCCUUUUCUUGUUCUCUAUCAUUCACCCAUUACUCCGACAGGCCAUCGCGUCCUCUGGAAGAGAGGCGUCCAUCACCGCAACGUCAGCCCCAGUAAUAUUAUGGGAUACCGCUUCGGUGGUCGAUUUAUCAGCGUCCUGAACGAUUUUGACUUGUCAUCGAUUAAACAAGAUCAUCCCACAGGCUUCGAACGCACAGGAACGGUACCAUUCAUGUCGUUAGACCUUCUCACACCGGAAGCCACCGCAGACGAAGUCGAACACGUGUACCAGCAUGAUGUUGAAUCGUUAAUUUGGGUCCUCAUUUGGGUCAGCCUUCGGUAUGAAGAUGGCAGGCUCCUGAGUAAGGACAGACCACUGGAUGAAUGGCUGAUGUCAAAUGCUGUUGGAUGCGCCAAGAAAAAGGUUUACUUUAUGUUUAAGGGUAUAGGUAGCAAAAAUCUGCGGACACCGAUAUCGCAUAGUGUGUCCUGGGAGGUUGCAAAGAAGUGCUUAGCGAUGGUUUACAAGCAUGGAGGCCCAUUGCGUCCCGCUUCCACGAACGAUGAGGAAGUGUUCCAGACGUGGCUCCAGUAUCAUCCAAUCUCUUGUCUAGCCAGUAGAGCUCGAGUAGAUAUACUUGCAGUUGAAGCAGCGUGCCUCCGAAAUGUGGUAGUACUACGUACAGUCAUGUAGAUUCAAUGCAGAAAAAAUAUCAUGCACGGUGCCAUUC